AUGGAGGUUGAGGAUUUGGUGAAAGGUAACCAAUUGUCAAGAGCACAAAAAUCAACGAUAUGUUCUAAGUGUAACAAAACUGGGCAUAAUGCAAGGACUUGCAAGGGACAAAAGGUUAGUGGUUCUCAAACUUUAAGGAAUGUUUGUGGAUCACAAACUUCAAGGAAUGUUGGUGGUGUUGGAAGUGCAAAAGUGAAGGCUGGUGGAUCACAAAAUUCAAGGAAUGUUGGAAGUGCUGGAAGUGAAAAAGUGAAGGCUGGUGGAUCACAAACUUCAAGGAAUGUUGGUGGUGCUGGAAGGGAAAAAGUGAAGGCAAGUGUUAGCAAAAAAAGGAAAGGUGUCCUAUAA